CGCCAUCGGCAUGCAAAUAAACGCCGACGCAGGCUGGCAGGACGAACGCCGACGCUGGCCGCGCACCGUGGCCGCUCUAGGCGGGGCCCUGACAAUCAUCGUUCUUGCUGCGCAUGCCUCGCGCAUCUACGCAGCAGCUGUGCCGGAAACUUUGCCCAUGGAGAAGAGGUACGCUCCUACUCAAUUCGUCCGCCCGUGCCAUACGUUGGCCGACUGCGGGCGGCCCGAGACCACCGAAAAAGCCUCUUCGGGAGAGGCGCCGGAUGCUGUCCGAGCCGCGUGGCACGAGGCGGCCGAGGCGUUGAAGGUGGCUCCUUCGUGGUGGAGGUCUGGCACCAGCGACUCCGCCAAGAUCCACCACGCCGACGACAAGAUCCACGCCCAACACCAUCACGUUGAGCCAAAGACCACGAGGUCAUUCGAGGCGCCUCUGGCGGCACUGAACUUCUAUGGCUAUGAUGCGCGCGCGAAGCAUGGCUGGCCGGAAGGGCCGGCGGCAGACGCGGGUUCGUACGACAUCGGCUGGUCGCUGAGCUCCUACGACGCCGCAGAGGCAGCCGCAUCGACCUAGGUAGCGAGAGACUCUAGAUGCUUGAGAGAGCCGCGCCUUUAAGAGAGUGGUAGGGCGGAGCGGGUCACUGAAAAAAAUUACAACUGAAAAAGAAAA